GAGAGAGAGAUUCUUACUCCUUCCGUCUUUAAGCUAAGCAAUGAAGGUGGUGGAGAAGGCCAAGAUGACCAUGAAUAUAUCAAGCUUUUCCUCCUUAUGGAUGAGUCUCUUUCCUUGAGAUGCUUCAUCCCUCAUCAUCUCUAGAUCACCUUAUUCCACCAAGUCAUCAUCUUUACCUCCACCCCACCACGAAGAACCAUCCGGAAGCUCAAGAACCUGGCGCAAUGGAAGUAGCCCAAUCAACCCAGAAACUUCAGAGGAAGCAUGCUGGCUGGAAGACCAUGCCCUACAUUCUAGGGAACGAGGCGUUUGAGAGGCUAGCUUCGUAUGGGUUGAUAAUGAACUUCAUGUUGUAUCUGCUCAAUGUGUUUCACUUGGAUCAAGCGUCCGCCAUCAACAUCAUCAACAUUUGGUCUGGUACCAUUUACUUCUCUCCCUUGCUUGGUGCCUUCAUCUGUGAUGCUUACCUGGGCAGGUUUCGCACUUUGGCCUUCGCCUCCGUAGCUUCUUUCUUGGGACUAGCAGCUCUAACUCUGACUGCGGUGGUUCCGGCAUUGCAUCCACCCACAUGCUCUAAGCAACAACAGAAUUCGAGCAACCCAUGUCUGGGCCCCACCACAGGUCAGAUGGGCUUCCUGUUCUUGGGCUUGGGCAUUCUGACGAUUGGCACGGCCGGGAUCAAGCCGGCGAGCCUACCCUUUGGGGUGGACCAGUUUGACCCCACAACAGAAGAAGGCAAGAAAGGGAUUAACAGCUUCUUUAACUGGUACUAUACUAACUUCGCCAUAGUCAUGAUGAUCUCCAUCACCAUUAUCGUCUAUAUCCAAUCAAGUGUCAGUUGGGCUUUGGGCCUGGGCCUUCCUACGGCUUUCAUGGGAAUCUCCAUCGUGUUGUUUUGGCUUGGCACGCGGCUUUACGUCUACGUCCCGCCGGAGAGUAGUGUCUUCUCCGGUAUCGUGCAAGUUUUUGUUGCUGCCUUCCACAAGCGUCAUCUUAAGUUACCUCCUAAAGAAGAGCUUCCUGGGCUUCUCUAUGAUCCUCCCAUGAAAGCAACCACCGUCUCAAAGCUUCCUCUCACACACCAGUUCAGUUGCCUGAACAAAGCAGCGAUAGUUAUAGAUGGAGAAAUAAAACCAGAUGGAUCUCGUUUGAACGCAUGGAGGCUCUGUACCAUCCAACAGAUCGAAGAGCUUAAAUGUUUGAUUAGAAUCGUGCCGAUAUGGGCUUCUAAUGUAAUCAGCUUCCUUUCCAUAGCUCAACAAGGGACCUUCAUGAUCAGUCAAGCCUUGAAAAUGGACCGCCACCUUGGACCCAAAUUCCAGAUCCCCGCCGGCUCCAUGGCUGCUAUAACAAUGUUCACAUUGGGUAGUUGGGUUCCAAUCUAUGAUCGGAUAGUUGUUCCAUCACUUCGAAGAAUCACCAAACACGAAGGUGGUAUCACCCUUCUCCAGAGGAUUGGAAUUGGGAUGUUGUUCUCGAUCUUGUCCAUGGUGGUUGCUGGCAUUGUUGAGGAGAAGAGGAGGGCAUUGGCCAUCAACCACGCCCAGACAAUGUCGGUUUUUUGGCUCGUUCCUCAGUUUAUCCUUAUGGGUUUCUUUGAUGCUUUCAAUAUAAUUGGACAGAUCGAGUUUUAUUACAAGCAAUUCCCCGAACACAUGAAAAGCAUCGCCAAUUCGCUCAUCUCAUGCAGCAUUGCAGGAGGGAAUUACCUAAGCAGCUUGCUUAUAGUGAUUGUGCGUCACAAAACUAGAAAGCACGGCCAUGACUGGUUGGACAAUGACAUUAAUGCUGGGAGGAUUGAUUACUUCUACUUCCUUAUAGCAGCUCUGGGUGUCUUCAAUUUUAUCUGCUUUCUGAAAUGUGCACAUGGAUAUCAUUACAAGGGUAGUACUACUACUAGUCAUGUGGAAGUUGCAAGAGAAGAUGGGCAUGUUGAUAUUGAAUUAAACUCAACCAAGAACUAGAGUUAUUAGAUUACAUUGAUCUGUGUAAUGUAGUAUGCUCAUACUCUAACCUAUAUUGCAUGUUGGAAUUAGAGUGAGAAGAGAAUAAUAUGUUACAAUUGUAAUAAUUUUUCACUCAUGUAAAGGAUUCCAAAUUCAAAUAUGGAAUUAAAUAUAGAUAACUAUGUUUUAUUAGAGAGCAA